AUGAAUGUUGUAGACUAAGGAUGUCAUCUAAAAAUCCUCUUAUAUCGCUUCGUCCUUUCUCCGUGUGGCAAAGAGCCUUGAAAUUCGCCGCUUUUCUCUGCUUCUCUCUCACAGAGAAGCCGUGUUUAUCCGCCAUAUUACAUAUUUUGAUAGUAUCUCUUGUCUUUUGUCACUGUUGCCUGGUGCUGACUGCUCAUGCGUGGCUCAGUUGAACGUCGAGAGUCCGAGAGGAAACUGAGACGACUAAUUACACGCAUGGGCAAAUCCUUCCUUGCUUUUCCAACAUGGCGACCAGUGCUGUGAGUACCACAGACCGCUUUUAUUUCACCAAAGAACAAUUGGAAAAUACGCCGUCCCGAAAAAAUGGAGUCGAUCCAGAGAAAGAGCAGAGUUACAGGCAACAGGCAGCAACGCUUAUCCAAGAUAUGGGACAACGUCUCUCAGUGUAUCUUUUCGAAAAAGAGAGUUCUUAUUUGCCUUCUGUAAUUAUCCGGUAGUAGUUUGUGCGUUGUAACAUAACUUUGCGAGGAGUACAGCUUACCCAGUGAUAUAUUCUAAAAUCUUUGUUCCUUAGUGUAUUAAAAACACGAAAUAUACUUUCUUUUGUUCCUUGACGUGGUUUUAAGGAGCCAGCUGACUAUAAACACAGCCAUCGUUUACAUGCACAGAUUUUAUAUGUUCCAUUCGUUUAACAAAUUCCAUCGAAACGUAAGUAUGAUAAAAAAUGUUUGCACUCGUUUUCUUUUGUUUAUAUGAUAAAAUGUAAACUGGAUUCGUGUCUUCUUUUUGUUUUCCAAUUUCUCUUACGAAUAAUUUGUGUUUUAAACUAAUGUGGUGUCUUCCAUAUCCUAGCAUUUUUACGUAAAUUCAAUGUCAGACACAUGAGGUACCAAUUUUGUCGAUUGUGUAGAUUUUAUUUUUACACCAGUUGUAUGCGUAAUUUUUGUUUGAGUUUCAUUAGAUUAUUGUAUUUUAUGGUUGCCUCCUGUAAGGGAAUUAAAGACUUAAAUCUGUAAACCCUGUGAUUUAGCUUGUAUUUCUUUACUCUCAUUCAUCUGUUGUUUUGUCUUUUGGUCACGGACAUUUGAGCUUUUGGAAGAAAGCUAACAUCUGUAUUCUUUUUCACUUGUUGUGCAAAAGCACAAAAACCUUCCUGUUUCAACUACUUCUGUUUUCAACUCUCUUGACUGUGGGCAGUGUUAAUGACCAGUAUUUUGCCAGGCAGUUUUUUAAUUUCCCACUAAUUUUGACAUCCCCAUAGAUAGGUUAACAUUUCAGACAACUGCUUGCAGAAAACUUGUUAACUGUAACAUCACUAAAAAGACCUUUCCCUUUCCCUUUCUCUGCAAAUAUUGUUUUUGAAAUAAUUGUCAUGUUUUAUUAUAGGCCUUGGCACCCUGUUGUUUGUUCUUGGCUGCAAAAAUUGAGGAACAACCACGGAAAUUGGAGCAUGUAAUAAAGGUGGCUCAUGCCUGCCUGCACAGAGAUGGUCCACCUUUGGACCCAAAGAGUGAGGUAUGAUUUCGUCAUGUUUUUGAAUUAUAGUUAUUUUACCCCCUAUUGUGCUUAACAAAUAGAUUCCAAGUUGGCGUGCGUCUGUUCAGUGAUAGAUCACAGAUGACGUCAAGAUGUGGUAAGAACAAAAGAGUGGCACACGUGGCGCAGCCAAGUGUGUCACUGAUGUGACACACGUCUGUUCAGUAAUAGAUCACAGAGGACAUCAAAAAUGUGGUAAGAACAUCAGUGACACACUCGGCUGCGCCUCGUGUGCCACUUGUUUGUUCUUACCACAUUUUGACGUCAUCUGUGAUCUAUUACUGAAAAGAUGCACGGCAACUUGGAAUCUAUUUGUUUUAUAUAAUAAAGAAUUAAAAAAAGUUUUAAUGAUGACGUCAUCUAUACGUCUGUCCUCCAAUGGAUCAUAAGUGAGAACCAAUCAGAAUGUGUGCAUAACUGAGCUUAUUAUAUAAUUCAUUGUAGACACCUUGUUUUACAUGUCAGAUGACAUAUUGCAAACUUCCCUGAGUAUUGCGGUGAUUUUUUGCAACCUUAAGAGCCAGACACUAAGACUCUUCAAUAUGAGAUUUGUAGAAUAUUCUUUUUUGGCUGGAACACAUGCACUGAAACUGACAAGUCAAUAUGAAAGGUCUCUGACUAACCACCAUGUGUGUAUUGCUUCGGAAUAAUAAAAAAUAAGGAAAUUUUUAUGGCUGAAAUUGUCACACAAAUUCCAACAAACCUGAAUUCGGGCAGUUUUUCUAGAGAUAAAAUUUUGUCCCUGGAACAUGCUUUGUACGUUUUCACUAAAGUUUCUUAUGUCAUAUUGUGACUGUGACUUAUUCCAUUUGCCACAUGACAUGUGUUGCUGAGUUUUAGGUUUAGAAUUUGAGUGAUUAUUUCUUUUCUGUUUUUAUAAGGAAUACCUGCAACAGGCUCAGGAUAUGAUUGAAAAUGAAGCCAUUUUGUUACAAACGCUAGGUAAAAAAAGGAAUCUCUGGUAUCUCUUCUGUUUGCUCCCACUGAUAUAAUUACAUCUAAAAGAAGUAUUUGGUAAAGUACUCAUUGGUAAGGAUUACUCAGCCCUAUACAGUCCUCAUAAAUUACAAUAGUCAGAAAUUUCCUCAGAUAAUAUAUAGAUUUAGCCAAGUGGAGCUCGCAUUUUUUUUUCCGCAUGUCUCAAGGGCACAAUGCCUUGCCCCAGCCAGGACUAGAACCCGGGUGGUCCAACUCAGAGCCCAGUGCACUGACCACUGGACUACUGGACAAGGCCGUGGCAUUGGUGUGCCUGUGGUACAGUUGACCACACAUGUUAAAAGUAGCACCUUGUAUGGUUAUACAGUCAUACAGUUGUACAUCCAAAUUUUUUCGGCUUGAUGGGUUACUACUAUUUUGUAUAAUUAUGGGGCUAUGCAAGCUCCACUAUAACAGGGUUGAUAUAACCUGCAACAAUUAGCACUCUAAGGUCCUGUUGUUCAAAGGGCAGAUAACACUAUCCAGUGGAUAAAUUGCCAUCCAGCGAAUAAGUGAUAACCCUUUAACUCCCAGCAGUGAUUAAUAUGUAACUUCUCCCUUUAAUAGCCAUACAUUAUCUAGCAAACAAGUAACAAGAAUAUUAAACUAAUUAGGUAUAUGUUGUUAUCUUGAUCUAACACCAAAUUCUUGAAACUAAUCUACAAGGAAAUGUGUAGCAGCUAGAGGGGAGAAUUGAUAAUCAGAUCUUGGGAGUUAAAGGGUUAAGAAAACACACUGAGUUAACAAGUGGAUAGCAUUACCCAGCCUUCAAACAACCAAGGCCAGGUGAUUGAUAAAGUCUAUUAAAAUUGACAGUGGUGUAUGUGUGUACGCACUCUACUAGGCACUGUUUCUGGUACUUUCCCUUAAGUUUUGUUUGUUUGUUUGUUUUUAUUGAUUGUCUGUUUUAAAUGAUUGCAGGAUUUGAGAUCACUGUUAGCCAUCCACACACUUAUGUAGUCAAGUGUAUUCAGCUGGUGAGAGGUGAGAAGCAUUCAGGUGUAACCGUUGCUGUGUAGGACUGCCUGUGGACGAAAAAGCAAAAAACAAAACAAAACAAUGCAAAACUCGUCCAGGGAAUCAAUAUAUUCCAUGGCAACAUGUCUUGUUAACAAAAAAACAAAGAACUACAGUGUAUGCACAGCAAAGUUGAAAGAUUGCUUUGUACUUUGACAAGAUUGAAGUAGAACUUUACUCAAGUCUUGUUUGUCUGCUGACACUGGAAGUUCAGAUUGUAGUAAAAUCAAUUAAUUUUUACUGUCUAUUGUCUGUUUUAAAACUUUGAAGAACCUUGUUAAUCUCAAAGAUUUCUAGAGUGAAAUUUCUUUGAGUGAAGUCUGGCUGUUAAUAGAGCUUGCCCUAAACAUGAGUCCAAAAAUCUCCAUUGAAUUUUACGAAGGUCCUUGAGAUGUACGUUUUUAGUUUAUACUGUUACUAGCACGGUUUUUAUUUAGAAAUUUAAUAACAGGAGUACAGUGUAAGUUAAAGGAGAAAAGUCUCCAUUUCUAACUAAGCAAUGGCCUAGGCCACAGAAACUUAACUGGGAAAUUACAUACAGUACCCAGAGAGUUGCUCAACUCUGAUUCUUAAUAAACACCCUGAGUAGUUUUCAUGAUGUUCCUUUGCUCAGUCCUCAAUACCAUACUCCUUGUGUAAAUCUUGCCUCUGUUAUGUACUCUUGGUCAAUUAUUUGAUGCUAAUCUGACAUUUCACACUACCCAAUCCAGCCAGCAAGGACCUUGGCCAGACAUCGUACUUCAUGGCCACAAACAGGUAGAACCUCCCUACCUUGUGUUGUUGCUGUCAACAUGUGCUUUUGACCUGUGGUCGAUGUUUUGGACAGCAGGUGGUGCUCUCACUGAGUGUGGUUCCCACUUGUACACACAGCUGUUGGUUUUUCUCAAACAUUCCUGCAGCUGAUAAUUUUAAUGCAUGCAAUUAGCAAUGUACUACCAUACCAAUACUGAGUCAAGCUUGGAAAACCUUGAACACCAGGAAUAUUUCUGUCUACAAUGUUGUUUUUUCAAAAGGAAGAAGCCAGUCAAACAAUCAAAAUUAACUUUUUCGUUUUGCAUGUCCCUGACAUGUUGUGAUCUCUGUGACACAAGAAACACUCUUAAAAGUUCUCAAUUGUUCAUGGAUUUUCUAAGUUUGAUAAAAAAAACAACAACAAUACUUCCAGAUAUUUCUAUGGUCAAGGGUGUUUUCUGGGAAAACACAAACAUUUUCAGACUCUCGUGUGAUCCAUUUUUAAGAGUUGUACUGAUUUGACAGUAUAUACAUUAUUUGAAAGAUAUUAUACUUUCUUACCAGGGGGAUCUUUUUUCAAUUUUUAAGCUUAAAAGUUUUGGGUUCUGUUGUGGGAAAGGGUCUAUUUUUGUGUUUUUGAUAGAAACAAACUUUUGGUAUACAUGUCUACUGUAUUUGUUACGUAGAUCAUGAAAGCUGUUUAUAUCUGCAUAUCAAUAACAUUUCUAAUUGUUUUGUAUUUUCCCUUGCAGUCUUCAUCUCACAACUUUAUGUCUGCAGUACAAACCACCUGUAGUUGCCUGUGCAUGUAUUCACCUUGCAUCAAAGUGGUCUAAUUGGGAGGUAAUUAUUUUGAAUAGACAUGAAUAUGUACAUACAGGUACAUCUUACUAACCAAAUUUGUUGUUCAUAUUGUAAGUUAUGGACAGAAUCUGAGCCCCCCCAAGAAAAACAAUAGGGUACUGUUGCUUACAGCACAGACUGAGAUAAUGAUGUUAGUAAGAUAUUUAUUAUUAAUUCCUUUGGGUUCAAAUAGAGGAUGAAGUUUUCAAUUCCAACAUUAUUUUGAAUUUAGCAGGCUGUACAGUGAAAUGCAGCCCACUGAACCGACCGUUCUUAUCACACAUUACUUGGGAGAUACGACAAAAUGUAUUACAAGAACAGUGUGAGCCUUAUUUUUAAUUCAAUGUUUAUUUCAUGUAUUUUUGAGAGAUAACAUUGUUGCUGGGCCUGAAUGGAGGGAUCUUGUGAUAACUUUCCCUGUCUAUAUUAAAGUUCACACGGCAACCUUGUGGACAAUCAGACAUGGUUUGAUGCUACUCUGGUUUACAGAUGUAAUGAAUGUAACCGAAGAAGUUACAAUUCAUAGACCUAACGUUUCGACACUCCUGCCUAGUGCCUUCAUCAGGGGUGAUCUAAAUACUGCAACAAGAGGUCCUUUUAUAUGAUCACUAAUUAGCGGUCUUUUUUUCUGACGAGGUGUAAAUAGACGUCAGGGAGCAAACCGCCAUCGUCACGAUUUAAAGGAACGUGGGCGGAGUUUCCUUGUCUACUUUGAAGACGAUUGUUGAAUCACUGGUUGAAGCAAUUUGUUCUUUGUUCUCUUUGUUCUCAACUUCACUUGGAGGACACUUUACUCUCCCUAUGUCUCUCUCACCAGAGAAGCAUAAAUGGAUAAUGGAAAACUGUCAGAAUAACAUGAUAAAAUGCUAGAAGUUCUACCCUCUUAUGCGGGUUAGGAAGGAAAUAUUGCUAGCAGCUUUAUGCUACAAAAACCCAAAUAAGCACUUACAUUCUUAGCCAUUUGACUUAAGCUGAAACUUGGAGUUUAAAAAAGGUGUUGUUUCCUGUGUUGUCAUGCAGAUUCCAAGAUCAAAUGAUGGAAAGGACUGGUGGGAAUACAUUGAUCCAACGGUCAACAAAACAAUGUUAGAUGGUAUGGAUUUAGUUUCCUGGUCAUUCUUGGUAUUUUAAAUACAUCAAUAUGUAUAUUAGUGUAAUAAAAUUAAUGAUUAAGAAAGAUGUUUUUUCAUCUUGUCAUGAGCGUGGCACAAAGGAAAAAUUCUGAGUCCCCAUGAGGAAUUCAAAUUUGGAUUUGUGCUUUGAUUUGAGCUUCGAUUCCUCGUGGGGACUCAGAAUUUUUUCUUUGUCCCACGCUCGAGACAAGACGAAAAAACAUCUUUCUUAAUUCUUUACUGAGCUCAAAACUUCCAUCUCUACUAUUUCUAUCUAAAAUCAAUGAUAUUUUAAUUAGUUAUCCAUCCAUCUGUUCAUUCAUCCAUAUUACUCACUCAGUCACUCACUCUCUCACUCAUUCGGUCAUUCACUCUAUGGUUGUACAUCAAGUUGAAUGUUUGAAUGUGGCCAUGCAUUUUUUUUUAAUCCAGAAAUUGCACAAGAUUUUCUGAAAGUGAUGGAAAAGUGCCCCAACAGACUUAAAAGAAAGAUCAGUUCCGUUGCCAACUUGAAGGCAAGAUAAAUGAUGAUUCAAAGUAAUUUGUUAAGGCUGGCGACAGGUUGUUUUUCCAUGCAUUGUUGGUGUGGGCUCUUGAUGUUAAUCUGGUUCAAGACACAUCGAAAAACUUAAUAAUUUAUUCUUGUUGAUGAUAGGAAUGUUAUUGAUCCAAGACCAUAUUGUAUAGAACGAAAUAGCUUUAAAAAAAUUGCAAGAGUUCCUCAGUUUAACUCCUAUGUAACAAAGACUUGGCAGAGUCGUCGCUUGGUUCCUCGGAUGUUCUAGUGUUCUCUUCGUAUGGAAAAGGAAGAACGACGUUCCGUGGGUCUGUUCAGUGAUAGAUCACAAAUGACGUCAAAAUCUGUUAAGAACGAAGAGUGGCACUCGAGGCGCGGCAGAGUGUGUCACUGAUGUUCUUACCACAUUUUGAGUGUUCUGCGAUCUAUUACUGUACAGACCCACGGCAACAUGGAAUCUAUUUGUCUUAUGAGAGGCAAAAUUUGGUAGUGUUGACGUCAUCUAUGCGUCUGUCCUUCAAUAGAUUAUAAGAAAAACCCAAUCAAAACGCGUGCGUAAUCCAAGGUAUCUUAUGUGAGGUACUGUAUGAAGCUGUGUAUGCCUGAUAUGUUUCCCUUUGAUUUGAGUUUGCUUGUGAUUUUGUUUUGUUCUUAGGGUGUGUCUCACAGUAAGGUAUCCAAAGGAGAGUCAAGUAAAAUAAGUAGCACAGCGAGCAGCAGUUCGGGUGCAUCUUCAUCAGCCACGGCUCAUAACAGCAUUGACGGAGCCCAUAAUGGCUAUUCUUAUAGCGAUGCGGUAAAGUUAAAAAAUGAUCUCGAUGGCAAAUCAUCGCAAAAGCAAAAGACUGAGAAAGAUAAGGAAAGAGAGAAGGAGAAACGGAAGGAAUCGGGUAAACUCAAAGCGUUGCCUGUCUCUUCGACUGUGACCACGUCAAGUGCGGCUAGCUCUUCAGCUUCUUCAACAACGAUGCCGCCCAGCUUACCGCCGCUUCCACCUCUAACGUCCAAAUAUGCAACAGUAACGACAACUGGUCAGAUGUCAGGUAGUGAAUUCAAGACGACAACAUCUACGGCUCAUUCAACUUCAGGAGCCUUAUUGACUACAAAGGAUUCAUCGCGCAAACAUAAGCACCAUCAUCAUCACCUUCAGGAUGACGGAACACCAGUUAAGAAACACAAAUCUUCUCAUUCGCAGCGCGCGCAUUCAUCGUCUCAUCGGAGGCCCAGCGGGUCUUCGCAGUCGUCUGACUCCUCUCCGUCUAAAAGCGUCAAGCAUUCUCAUCCUUCUGCUUCGUCGUCCUCUCAUCACAAAGGCGCCAGCUCCGGCUCAAGUCAUGCCAUCAAACUGCCACACCCACCUCACCAUUCUUCUUCUCAAGCUUCCCUAAGCUCUUCUCAUUCCUCUCAUUCCCAUUCUUCUUCCAAGAAACCCCACCCUUCAUCUCAACACGGUUCUUCAGGCCACAAGCCAUCGUCUCACCACGGGCACGGCCAUUCCUCGUCGCAUAAGCCGCCUGCUACUGUGGUGCAACCGCCUAAAAAACACUCCGUAAACCCUGCACCAAUGUUAACUUCUUCGUCCCAAGCAGUGGCUAAACCAAUGACACCCCCACCACCCCCUCCCCCGCCUCCGAUGGAAUUUAAUCUGCUCUCUUCAUUGAACACUCCAGUUGGUUUUCCAAGUGCGGAAAUGCAUCCUCCUUCGACCGGCCAAUUUCCUGGUCAAUUCUUACCGUCUGGUUUUCCGCCUGGUUUGAUUCCCGGAGGAAUGAUACCAGGAGUAAUGCAAGGAAUGGCUCCCCCUCCACCACCCCCAGAGCCUGAGCCAUCAUCGCCCCCACCACCACCCCCUCCCCCUAUGCCGUGACAUCUUAGAAUAGUCGAAAAAAGUUAUUUGAAAAAGUCUUAUUCUUGCCGUUUCAUGGGAUAGGAAUUAGUUUUCAUUCAGACUCAAGCUUUUCAGGAGUGGCUUAUUUUAAAUCAAAGAGUUCAUCGACCGUGAUAAUUUGUAGGAGGCUCUUCCCAAUAUAUAGUGCUUACACCCUUCUGGUGCAAUGAAUUCACCUUUUUGUGCCUCCAAAUUGGUUUCUUCGAAAUUUUAUCCCAUUUGACAGUACAGUAAUAUUUUUGGCUAAGCUGCACGAACGUCCAUAAAUGUCGUGUCUUAGUUGCAAGUACUCUGAAAGUCCUCGUUUGGGAGAACGUCGAAUCAUUUUAGGCGUAAAGUGAGAGCCAUUGAAUCAAAAUACAAAGAUAGCUGAUGCAGAUCUUGAACAUUUAAAGAUUGAAUUAAAAGUUUACAAGACAGGAAAGUGCACGUAAGAGAUGUACAUUGAUUAAUUUGGUGCAAACUACACACUUUUCUUUUUUUUUAUUAGGUUUGCUGUUAAUGUUAGAAAUUAUAUUGAUCAAGGGUAAUGCGCUAGUUUAAUGCGGCUGGUUGUCCUAUUUGACGUAAUUUUUGGCGGACGAGGUGAGGGGGGUGGGGGGAAAGACAAUUACCUGGUUAAAGGAUUGGGUGUGUCAGUUAUACAACUUUGUGCAGAAUAUAAUGGAGUACGUUGUUUAUUAUAGUAGUAUUGUGUAAAUGAGCAAAAAAGAAAACAAAUUGAUGGUAUUCAAGUUUAACGUUAGCUAAACGUUUCGAUUAAGUGUUAAUUUAUUUGGAAAAAUGACAUCUAUAAACGACUUGAUGAAGUGAGAGCUGUGCUGUAUAUGAAGGAAAGAUGGUUGUACAGAAUUGUAAGGUAUUGUAAGAAAACUAUAGUGUGGGCUGACUUAGAUUGGACUUUCUGAAAGUUUAUCUUUAUUUCAAUGCGUCUUUUGACGAAAACUGGGUUAAAAUCGAAAAAAUUAGGAAAAUGGCUCGGUCUGUAAGUGAGGCAUCUGGUGAAGAUACAAUCGUUUUUAUGUCCGCAGUUGGUCUUGUCGGUUGAAGUUUGAUUGUUUUGUUCCCAGGUCUGCCAUCUGUAUGAGAAACCUGGGAACAAGGCUAUCAACAUUUCUGUUCAGAUAACAGGCCUCUUACUCUCGAAGUAAAGCUCUGGAAGCUUCUUUGGUGCGUUGAAAGGAAGGCGCACAAUGUUAAAUGAAAAAAGAAAUCAAAAGAAACGAAAACAAUGGAAAAAAGUACCUUUGCAGGUCAAAGAGUCGCUUGUCAAUAGGGAAAAUGUCUCUAGUUAUUGUAGUGUUUUUCUCGUAACUUGAUAAAACUUGUUGAGGUGUUGAAGUUCGACUGAACGAAUACAGGGUGAUUAGCGUAGAUAAAUUAGUCAUUCGCAGCGAAUAAACUGACUUGUGGAAAAUAACUUGAGAAAGUUACUUAAUGGGCCU